UUAGGAAAUCUGGAGAAUGAAUGAAUGAUAAGAUGAGGCUCAGAAGGCAUGGCCCAUUACUGCCUAGCUGGCCGAAUAACGCCCCCACUUCUCCCUCCUCCAUCCCAUUCACAUAACCGUCUUUCUCCAAACCUCCUUUCCAUUUCUUAAUCAUCUUCAGAAACAAUAAAACGAUCCAUUAAUUCACUUCAAUAGAGGCCAACAAUCCAUAACCAUGCCCACAACUCUCAUACUCGAAGCCAGUCCCGUCACCUCCUUCAAAUGGAAUCACCGCACCAGCUUCCUCACUAAACCCCCUAAGCUCUCUCCAAUCCUCUACACCAAACCCCCACACUCUCCCUCAUACACCCUCAAAUGUUUCUUCUCCCCAAAUCACAAUCACAACCACAACCAAAACACCUCCUCCUCCAAAUCUCCUUUCGAUGUUCUCUUAGACACUUUAUCAAACACCUUGACCGCGUUGCGGAAACCCGCCAUAGCCGCCGUGUUGAUGGGGCUGCUUCUAAUGUACGACCCCAACGCUUCUGCUUUGGCCGCAUCUGGGGGUCGAAUAGGUGGUUCUUCCUUCUCUUCACGUUCUUCUUCUUCUUCUUCAUCGUCGAGAAGUUACUCUGUGCCUAGAACUUCGGCACCUACGCCGGGCUUCUCUUACUCUGCGCCCUAUUACGCACCUUCUCCCUUCGGUUUUGGCGGUGGCGGGAUUUACGUUGGACCCGCCGUUGGGGUGGGUGCAGGCUCUAGCUUGUUCCUCAUAUUUGCUGGUUUCGUUGCCUUCAUUUUGGUCUCUGGAUUUCUUUCCGAACGGUCAGAGGGUAGUGUACUCACCGCAGCUGAGAAAAUGACCGUGCUCAAGCUUCAGGUUGGAUUGUUGGGGAUGGGUCGCACGCUUCAGAGGGAUUUGAAUAGGAUUGCAGAAGUUGCUGAUACAUCAACUCCUGAAGGUUUGCGUUUUGUAUUGACAGAGACCACUCUAGCUUUGCUUCGACAUCCUGAUUACUGUAUUUCAGCAUACUCAGCUGUGGAUGUAAAGCGGGGUAUAGAAGAUGGGGAGAAACGUUUCAAUCAACUUUCAAUUGAAGAACGAGGAAAAUUUGAUGAAGAGACACUUGUCAAUGUGAAUAACAUAAAAAGGCAAAGCUCAAGAAGCCAGAGAGCAAAUGGUUUUAGCAAUGAGUACAUAGUGGUAACAUUUACUUUCAUAACUAGUUGCUUAAUUUGUGAUUCAAAAUUUUGUAUUGCAGCAUACAAAGCAGUUAAUUUGAUGCAUUUUACUGUUCUUUAUUUCUGUUACUAAAUAAUUUUGAAACCAAGGCAGCAUAAUCAAACCAUAUUGUAACGACUUAAAUUAUUUUCAUUGGUGUUUUUUAGAAACCACUGGUUCUAUGGUGGUGUUUGGUGGUAAACAUGGCAUACUUCAGUGUGGUCACGGGUCACCACUUGUUGGAUAAUUAUGAUGUUUUAAUUGCUUCUUACUGUAACAUAUGCAUUAAGAACGACUAUAGACUGUAAGUUCUAGUUGAGAGUUGAAACUUUGGUUCUUCCUUUACCUCUCUUGAUAAUUGUGUGGUUGUAAUGACUAAUGAUUCCUUCAUGUUGUCCCCAGCUUUGGUGGUUACUGAUCUCACUUUUUAAUCAUAGUGUCUCUUUCUUGUAAAUGAUAUCGGUCUACAUUAAUUGGCUUACAUCUCACCUUC